CCGCCUUUUUCUGUAUCCCAUCCCUGCUUGUCGAUGAAUGUUCGGUAAGUUCCACCUGGAUCAACGUCCACCUGUCGGGUCUGGGUAGGUAGCCUUGCCCAUGGGGUCGAUUGGAUGAACGCCCAUGUGCGACUAUUAUGCACCCGCCCGUUAUCCUCCUGUAUACCCUUCUUUUUUUGGCCAUCGCCUUGUCGAAGCGCCCGUAAGCGCUCGUUCCAAUCCGACCCGGCAGUCUUUUCUCCACUGCCAGGGUUUCUCUUCAAGGCCAGGUAGGGAGUAUGAUACUCUAGUAACUAAACGGCUGGUCGAUGAUUGCUCCCCGGAAACAAGAUGAAACGGGCAGUCUUUGUUGACGGCACGGCGCAUCGUACACCACGAGCGCGUGUGGCCCGGACAGGACGAUUGGCGCCGAGGCCUUCUAGCGCCCAUCGAAAACCGACCAUGUUCGCCCUAGAGAUGUCUACUCAUUUACUUUGUGACCUUCCGUCCUUCCUUUGGUAUAAACCGGACUCUUUCUGCCCACAAAGUCUGUGUGGAAAGGAUUGCUAGUGAGUCAAUUGUCAACCUUCGCACAGAUCCGACGACAUUAAUUGUUAUUUGUAUCUUUUCAUUUGUCUUUUUCUUUGUCUCGUUUCCUCCUUUUUUUCCCCCUUCUUCUCCGUUUCCCUUUUUCUCUCUCAACUCCUUUUCUUUACUCUCAUGUUUGUCAUUUUGUGCUGCAUCUCUUUUUCUACUCAGGAGACGGCCAUCGUGUCAAACAAUAACAAUACAUUCCCUCAUCUGUCGACAAUACCAGGCUGGCAUCCCUGAUAGCUUCAGACCCCUCUAUUUUUCUAUUGAGACAAUAGAAUAUACCGGACUCCACCAUCUUCACGAGAGCAGACCUUAUUUGCUGGUAGUUAAAUCGCCAAAAAAAAAACCUGCCACGGCGAACGACCUUUUCUUUGUCAACUUAUUCACGCCAUUUCCAACGAUUGCACUCUUUCUUAACCGUCUUCUUUCAUUCAACUCUCUAGUGGACUAGAUCUUCUUUCUGCAUUAAUUUGGUUCCGUAUCUCUGGACUGUUGAACUCACUUCUGGGACGCACUACCCGGCCCGACGACGAUCAUUAUCAGCUCUUCUUCCGCUGCUUCACUUCUUUAACUUGGGUUGACUUCAGGCCAAAAUGGAUCACUUACAAAACCCAUCGCACUUCCAGCAGAAAUUGCUGGGCCCCGGCAGAAUUUUCUUGAUGGUCUUCCGCCUCAUCAACAUCCUCGCUCUUCUGGCCAUAGCCGCGGCCGCUUGGAUUCUUGUCAUCGAAUUCUUUAUUCGCGGCGUCCCACAGUGGCAGCCGUGGUUGCUUUGGGAUCUUUGCUCGCUCUGGGUCGUUGCCUUUUGCGCAAUCUUCUUCGUCGUAUCAGAGAUCGCAGACUUUAUCACACCUCUUCACGACUACUUUGCUGAAGUCUGGCCUGUACUCUCGGACGACCACGGAUUCGUGUGGCUCGGGACUGCAUUCCUUAUGAUGGGCUUCAAUGUGCUCUCACACCUCAACAACCCUGUUAACCAGAUCUCCAGCAUCGGCUGGCCACUGUGGAGGGCAUGCAUAUCAUGUGGCAUCAUCAGUGUCGUAGUUGGGGGCAUCAACAUGAUACUCACAGCUGCCUACAGCUUCGGAGGUGGACUCAAGGCCCGGGCCGUCCGCUCAGGUCGUCACAACCGACCUGCAAUGGCCAUUUCGAGCCCGAACCACCUCAGCGAGAAACUCUACGACCUCGAGAGUGACGCCGGCUCAAUGCCCCAGCGCCCGGCCGACAUCCACCCUGCUUACAUCUGGAGAACUGAUUCCACAUCCGCUCGGUCUAAGAUGACUGUCAGCCCGGCAUCCAGCGUCAACCACGGCUCGUCAUUCAAUCGCAACAACAGCCACAGGAGCCAGAAGCGCUACAGCGCAGCGGCUAUGAGCCAGUUCUUCGGCCCAGCCCACCAGGCGGCCUCCAGCGUGGCAGGACCUUACGAUGACGACGAGAGGAACACAACAUUGAGGCCACCACCAGCCGGCACCUAUGGAAGGCACCCAGCUGCACGGCAACAAAACUUCUUCUAAAUUUUCACUUCAAGACGAUGGGACGACCACUUGGGGGUGGGCGCGUGGUUGCGUGGCUUGAGAUCGAAAAGGUUUAUAACAUACGCAAGGCGAGGUCAGGAUCUGUUGGCGUUUCGGAAAAAUCACAUUAAUGUUUAAGGGCAGUUUGGUACUGGUUGGAAUUUGUGGCCUUCAUUCAAAGCACUUUUGAAGUACUUUGUCAUCUUCUUUGUUACUCGCCUUAUCUUCUUUCUCCUUCUUCUCUUUCUCGGUUAGUAUCUGUCAAUACCCAUAUGAGGGGUAUCCUUAGUUCCAGAUACUGUUAUCCAAAGGCUUUUCUUUUCACAAAUUGAGCACACGCAUUCUCAACUAUGACUGGUUUUGAUUAAUCCAGGACAUUUCACAGAUCUACAACAAACACAAACAAAUAAAUGUAUGCAGACGUGAG